AUGUCGACGGACAUCGGGCAAACCGACAGAAAGGACUCAAGGGCAUUCAAAAAGCUGUACGAUAACAUUGCAAGAAAUUUCGAGUCGGCUCACCGGUACAAAGCUCUGCUGCAUGAAGAGCUCAGGCAAAAUCGAAAGGCCCUAGAUGACUUGUUGGACUCAGGCUUUGACGAUCCAAGUAACUCAAAUGCAAACAAUGCUCUUGAACAAGACCUCAACAGGAAAAGAAAUGAGCUUCAGGUUAGACUGAAUAAUGUUGAACUCGCAUGGGCUCAGAGUGUAAAGAUGGCGCACAAACACGUUUGGGAGGCAAAUGAGAUCUUGACCAAGGCGUGUGACAUGGCAAGGAGGUCCAUCUUUGCUGGCGAACCUCACAAAAUGCAACAGGAGAACACCCGCAGUCAGGGAAAUGAAAAUACCACACACCGUCGCACAUUGGCCCAACCUAUACCGCGAUCUCAACGACCACCUCCGGCUCCGCCUGUACAUCCGCCUCAAGCUCCGCAACACCAUCGUCAAGGACCUCCAGUUGGACCGCCACGAGAUGAGUAUGCGGUCCCUAGGGGUGGGAGGGGGCACCAACGCCCUGAGAAACGUCCGUAUGUCCCUUCAGCCCCGGCAAAGAUGAGAAAUGGGGACGAUUUCGACUGCCUAACCCUAAUGGGGGAGGUUCCUCCUCCUCUCAAGGGGCAAUUCGUUCGCCAAGCGCAAUCUACUCAAUCUUUUCGUCAAGAAAAAACUGCUCAACCUCUUCGUCAAGCGCAAUCAGCUCAAUCUCUUCGUCUAGAGCAAUCUCUGCGGCAAGAGCAAUCUCUGCGUCAAGAUCAAUCCGCUCAACCGCUCCGCCGCUCGUCCGGUAAACAGGUUACUCGUGCGACUCAACUUGCACAGGAAGCAUUGGCACAGCCCACACGCCGUAUGAGCACUUUGGUUGUGAGAAGUCCACCACCUGUGCAUGCACCACAAAGCAGCGCCGGCACUCCAACCCGUGUACCUGCAUGGCAGCUCUCUGCUGGAACGGGAACGGUAUCCAAGGCAAUGAUCUUAGCUUCAGACGCUCAAAUUGAGGAACCUAACAAAAGGAUGAAAUUCACAUUCUCCUCCAUCAUUGAAAAGUUUCCAGAUGCCGGAAAUGAGAAUCAGGACCAUCGUCGUCCAGCCGCUCACUCUGCAUCCUCGCAGGACUCUUUCGAGAGCCGCCGCCACCGCUGA